AUGGCUUCAAAGAAAUGCAGCUCUGGUUUCCUUGUCUACUCGUUUCUUGCUCACAUAUUCUUAAAAUGUGAAGGCUACGGAUAUGGUUACGACUGCGGAUGCUAUCAGCAGCAACAAUCUGCGCAACCGAUACCGGUUCCAGUGAUUGAGCCUAUUCCAGUAAUUGAGCCUAUUCCAGUGAUUCAGCGUAUUCCAUUCCUGGGCCGGAGAUCAAUAUUCGGAUCUCCUUUCAGAAGACGAUUUCCAUUUCUCGGUAUGCUAAAUGCAGCGAGAACUGAAGGUGCGAUCGCAGGGGCACAAGCUGGAGCACAAACUGGAGCGUUGGCAGGAGCAUUAAACAGUGGUUGUACAAGUUGUAAAUAG